CACAGUAAAAUCCGUGGUGAAAAAGGACCGAGACUUCCCCUAAUUUCAGAAACACCGAACUUUAACAAUGGCUUCGUCCAAAAAAUCUAGUACUGAAGCGAAGAGCAAAGAAGCGGGAACAUCGAAAUCAGCCACCAAAACCAAAGCCAAAGCCAAAACCAAAACCCUCAGCAACGCCACAAAAUCCGACAAGGACGUUUCCAAGAAGAACAACAACAAGAAGAAGAUUAGCAACAAGAAGCACGCCAACAAUGGCUCCGCCGAGGAGAACGACGUCUUUGAGAUCUCUGCUCCAGAUUCAGCAUCUAGAGAGGACGACGCCGAUGAAGACAGAACCGAAACCACGAGUAGAAAAGCUAACAGCUCGAAAUCGAAGAAAGUAAAGCGGAACCAUGGGAAGAAGGAAGAGAAUGGUUACGAAGAAGAAGAAGAAGAAGAAGAACAAGUCGAGGAGAAGAUUUACAAAUUCCCAAUGCAUCGGAUCAAAAAAAUCACGAGGGACGAAAAUUCUGAUUUACGUAUAAAUCAGGAAGCCUUGUUUCUCGUCAACAAAGCCACGGAGAUGUUUCUCGUACAAUUUUGCAAAGAUGCUUAUGCUUGCUGUGCUCAGGAUCGGAAAAAGUCUCUUGCUUACAAGCAUCUAUCAUCGGUAGUUUGUAAAAGGAAGAGGUAUGACUUUCUUUCAGAUUUUGUCCCAGAAAAAUUAAAAUUUGAAGAUGCGUUAAAGGAGAGAAGCAUGGCGGAAUCAGGGAAAGGCUAGGCUUCUUCAUAUUUUAAUCUAACACUUCAUUUUGUUAUCUUGAUGUGUGAUAUUUAGGCUUAUUUUUUAUCAUGUCAAUGAUCAUACAUGGGAGGUAGAACAUACCGUCUUUAUUCCCCUCCUAACAGUUCUGUAAUCUGUUAACGACAUCUUGAUUCUAUUCUAACAGGAAUUCUAACAAAAGUUGUUUAAAAAGAAGGGUUAUUUAGACUCAA